UCAAAGGCUACUGAGGGACAUAUCUGUAGUGAACGAGGCCAUCUUUCCUGUCCUUCGGUUCGAGUAUUCAAGGCAGAACUUCCUGUCACUCAGGUGUAUAUGGCGGUGGACGACAUGAGCUCCGAUAACGGAAUCGCUGUAAUCGAUCUCGCAGACAUUGAUUCGGGUCCGGGAUUCAAAAGGAUCUGUGAAGAAGUUGCAAAGGCUUGUGAGGAAUGGGGCUUUUUCCACAUCAUCAAUCACGGUGUGGAUAUGUCUUUGAUUCGGAGGACCCAGAAGGCAUACAAGGACUUCUUCCACUUGCCGAAAGAAGAGAAAAAGAAGUACGCGAUGACUAAAGUUUAUCAGGGGUGGUACUCUCCCGAACUAUAUGACGAUUCCGAUGUGAAGAAAUUUCCUCUGAACAUCGGAAAUACAAGUGAAUGCUUGUACUAUAUCGUGCUUUCUGAUAACCCCAAUCACGAGACAGUAUUCUCAUUGAUUCCACCAGAUCUCCGCCCAACGCUGCUCGAAUUUACGAAGGAAGUUGCAGCUGCACAAGAGAGGGUCCUGGCAGCAAUGUCCGUAGCGUUGGGACUUGACGCAGCUGCUUUGCAGAAACGCUGCGAGUCCAUUGACGUAGGGAUCCGAGCCAAUUAUUAUCCUUUGCAGACAGAGGGGAAGGCUGUGGGCGAGAUCUUGCCCCACUCGGACCUCCCUGCUAUAGUUUUUCUCUUCUCAGACACGGUGCCUGGCCUGGAGAUCAGAAAUGACGGCCGAUGGGUUCCAGUCAAGCCCGUGCCUGAUGCUUUCGUCGUCAACGUGGGUGACUCUCUCGAGGUACAGCCAGAUCUUUCCAUCGCACGGGGGCUUUCUCUGCGUACCCAGAUCAUCCAAUUUCAUUUCCAUAGAGGUCGAUGGUUGCCGACUGUUGUAAGCAUGAGCACAGUGAUUAGAACCUCUUGCUGCAAGCUGCCAUUGUGGGUGCAGUCGAUUUGUUGCUGAUCAGCUUCCAGCGUCUGGCUGCCCAGAUGAUGAGCAACGGCAGAUUCAGGAGUGUGGAACAUAGAGCCACGGGAAACGAAACGGAGGAACGCAUGUCGCUGGUCUCGUUCUACAUGCCCGCCAAGGCUGCAACCAUUGAUCCCAUCCAGGAGCUGCUGGACGAGUCCCAUCCGCCGCAGUAUGGCUCUGCCAAGUAUGGAGACAUGCUCUCGGCCCUCAUAUCCCAGCGUCUCAAUGGCAAGGCGUUUGUCAAUUCUCUCAAGAUUAAGAGCUGAGUGAAUUCGAGGGUCCGAUCAUCUCGUUGCAUGAGGUUCUGCACUCUCAUCAAUCGGCACCACUCGAGACUGCAGGAUUAGUUCAGUCACGUUGUUGUACAGGUAGUCCCAGUUUCCUUCGAGUCGGCAACUCAGAUUCAAUCUCUACGAUCUCACGAAAUAUGGCGGAUCUUCGACCGAGUCUCCUUCUGUCUUAGCCAUUAAUGCCGUUCCACGUUGGCAAACAUAUCAUUUUAGCCAUACACAGCUAGAGUCAAGACACUCCUUAUUGCAGGAAUGGGUAUUAUCGUGUGCAAGUGAAUGCAUAAAAUAAGUUCAUCUUCUAUGAAUAAAUGCAUACAAGAUCUUGAAC